UUCAAUUCGUCGUUAUGUUGCCAUCAAAACACAACAGUUGUGCAAAAAUGAGCGAUUCUACCGGGUCUGCAGAUAAAAUAAAGCAAGCACCUGAAGAUGUGCUCGAUUUCGAGGAAAUCCUACCGGUGCACAGAGUGUUCUCCGAGAGCAAGCUAUUAGAUGCCUCUGUCGAAGUUAUUGACCUGACCGAGGACGCUUUUGUGCAUGAAUUCAAAUGCUUUCUGAACACACUAGACAAUCGGCGACAGGAUGUCGAUGCAAGGAGAGCCGGUACGAAAGCCAAAGGCAAAAAUGCUAAACGUACCCUAUGUGUGCCCGGCCUCUUUCUGCCCAACGUUCGUAUACACCAGGAUUCGUUUAUAUGCGAACUGUUUCGGAUGAAAUUUAUUAAUACCAUGGUGUACGGAACGCUAACGGCCGAAACAAUCAAAGACAAUGUUACCAUUUAUCAACUUGACGAUGGUACAGCACAGAUUGAUGUUUACUAUCGGCCAUCCAACAACAAAAUGCUAGAAUAUCUAAACAAGCUGUCCUAUUGCGAAGAGACACUGCGAAAUAAACCAUCCCCGCUGAACGAGGAAUCGGUUCCAGCGUGUGCCGAGCUCAGGAGUCAUCUCAUGUUGCUUAUAUCAUUAGCCAAAGCUCAGUGUCAAAAGCAUCUCGGUCCUUUAAAGCUACGAACUAAAUGCUUUGCCGUAGGACGUCCUUUUAUAGGCUUCGGCGGAAAGAUGUGCGUUAGUGCUCGAUUGAUGCUGCCUGAUACCGAGAUCGGCAAUUCCUGUGAACUGUUCUGGAAAAGUUAUCUGCUUUCGGUUUACGAACCUUUGCUAGAAAAAGUUAACACCGGUUAAUAAAACCUGUCCAGCACUGGAAAAACUGAGCAAAAUGCGUUAGUAGACACAUAUUAUGACACGUUUGGUGGUUUUCUGUUGCAAAUGUUAGUUAGCAUUUAUUUUCCUUGAGAAGUACAAGAGGCUUGAUUGGUUCGUUCGUAUGGAAUAGUUCAUCUCUCUGUCUUACUUUUCUUUGCAUUGUUUCUAACUCAUAAAUCGCGGAAAAAACAUGACACACUGCAAUAUGUGAACGAGAUAGCACGCAUCACACCAAUCAAACUGAUUUAAGGAAGGGGAGCGACCAUUCGACAGACCGACUCAUCGGUGCAUUGCAACCUUGGGGAAAUAUCGAUCCACUACCGAUGGACGAAAUAUGCUAAACAAAUUUGCAAAAAACAGGAAAGGGAAAAGGAAAGCAACUGAGUAAAGGGAGCCAGGAACGCAAGAGAUGAAUGAACUCACUUUACCCUCGUGACAUAAACACCAACGGAU